CAGAAUCCUUAGCGCGAGGCGGAAACACAUUCCUGGAUCCCAGUCGGCCCUUCCCUGCAGUUUCUGGGCUCGGCGUCCCUGUCGCUGCGUCUCCCAGGCACAUGGCGGCCCCCGAGCAGCCGCUGCCGAUGUCCCGAGGAUGCCAGAGCUCGGCUUCGCUCUCUCCGCCGCGGGGCGACCGAACCCUUCUCGUGAGGCACCUGCCAGCCGAGCUGACCGCGGAGGAGAAAGAGGACUUGCUCAAGUAUUUCGGGGCGCAGUCCGUGCGCGUCCUGUCCGAUAAGGGGCGACUGAAACAUACAGCUUAUGCUACUUUUCCUAAUGAAAAAGCAGCUGUAAAGGCAUUGACGAGACUCCACCAGCUGAAACUUCUGGGUCAUACUUUAGUUGUGGAAUUUGCAAAAGAGCAAGAUCAAGUUCAUUCCCCAUGUCCCUCUUCAGGCACUGAGAAGAAGAAAAAGUCUGACGACCCCGAGGAGGAAGAGAAAGAGAAGAAGGAAGGUGGUUGUCUAACUGUGGAAAAUGGAGUCGCGCCGAGCCACGGGCUGACCUUUCCCCUAAAUUCAUGCCUCAAGUACAUGUACCCGCCGCCGUCCAGCACAAUCCUCGCAAACAUAGUGAACGCUCUGGCCAGCGUGCCCAGGUUCUAUGUCCAGGUGCUCCACCUGAUGAAUAAAAUGAAUUUGCCCACACCUUUCGGACCCAUCACCGCGCGACCUCCCAUGUACGAAGACUACGUGGCGCUGCACGCCCCCCUGCCGCCGGCCUCCCCGCGGCCCGAGGAGCCCCCGCUGCCGGCCGAGGACGAGGAGCUGUCCAGCGUGGAGUCGGAGUACGAGAGCGGCGACGAGGAGGACCGGCGGAGAAUGGCCAAACUAACGGAAUUAGCAAAUCUUCAGCCCAAAAGACCCAAGCCGAUGAAGCAGCGCCAGGUGAGGAAGAAGCGGAAAAUCAAGGACAUGUUGAGUGCGCCGGCACCUGCCCCACACAGCAGCGGGCACCCGGCGCUGACCCCGUCGGACGUGUUCGACCAGCCCCCACCGGUGGGGAGCAAAAAGAUCGAGUUCCAUAUAAACACCGACGUGCCAGCUGCAUUAAGGAAAGAUUCAGAAAAGGAGCAACAACACCCUGAAGAACAGAACCGUGAUUCGCCUGCCGCCGAGGUGGACGCGUCCAGUGUAGGGUUUGGGAAAAUCUUCCCCCAACCGAACGUGAACGUCGCAGAGGAGAGUAAGGAAGACUCGGACGAGAUGCCAUCAGAGUGCAUUUCUAGGAGGGAGCUGGAGAAGGGCCGAAUCUCCAGAGACGAAAUGGAAACGCUUUCGGUUUUCAGAAGUUAUGAACCUGGUGAACCAAACUGUAGAAUUUAUGUAAAGAAUUUAGCUAAACAUGUUCAAGAAAAGGACCUUAAGUUUAUUUUUGGAAGAUAUGUUGACUUUUCAUCAGAAACACAACGAAUAAUGUUCGACAUUCGGCUGAUGAAGGAGGGCCGCAUGAAGGGGCAGGCGUUCGUCGGGCUGCCCGACGAGAAGGCCGCAGCUAAGGCCUUGAAGGAAGCGAAUGGAUACGUCCUUUUCGGAAAACCGAUGGUGGUUCAAUUUGCUCGAUCCGCUAGACCAAAACAAGAUUCUAAAGAAGGAAAAAGAAAGUGUUAAGGAUUGGUACAGACGCGUCCCUGCGCACAUGCUGCCGCAGCUCUGGCGCACACAGUGUAACCGAGUGUAUCCUUUCGCGUAUCCUUUUGGGGGCAGCGCUUCCCGGUUUUUGUUUCUCCUAAAUGUUUUUUUUGUCCCUUCCACCCACCCGCUGGUCCAGAUGAAGCAGCAAUUUUUUUACAGUUUCAAAGAAAUAUUGCUGAAUAUCAGUGCUGAUGAAACAAAUCUUGUAUGGGUUUUUUAGAUUUGUUGCUAAAUUUUCUAUUCUCUCCUUUAGCUUACAUAUUUUUUUGCAGGGAAAGUUAGUGAAUCAGGUCAGUUCGUUUACUUGUAGAAUGUGUGCAUUUACUUUGAUACAGAAUUUAGUCUUUUUCUUCGUUUAUGUAUUUUCUAGACCGAAUUCAGUAUCCCAUGUAUUCUGUUUCAUGACAUGUCUGGUUUAGAAAUUCUGUAGAACAUGUUGUAAGAUUUGGCUGGGGAAAGGAGUUUUUUUUCCCUUUAAAAAUGGCAAAUACUUGCAGUAGAACAACUGGAUUCCUGUGUAAAUUCCACAUAAGAGUGGCAGACUUCGCACAGGAGGUGUGAUGAUGGAAAUCUCCGUUGAGAUAAAUAGCAGCAGAAGUAUUUUUUCCUCUUUCUUUUUCUAAACCAAAGCAAAGCAAAGCAAAGGGAGAAGAAAAGAGUAGCGGAGGUGGAAGACAGCCGUGGCCCAGGGUAGCACACUAAAUGAAAAGAGGUGUUCCCGGUGGGUACAACGGGAGGACACUGGUUUCCAGGCUGGUUCACGGCCGGAACCACCCAGAGCUGGUUCUCAGGCUCGGCUGCCCAUCCAAAUGACCUGGGAAGCUUUUUAAAAAUACUGACUGGAAUGUAAAACAAAAAGAUACGCUAAAAAAAAUAUACUGGAGCCUGGGUCCCUCCCCCAGAGUUCCGACUUACUGAUCUGGUCUGCGACAGACACUGGCUGAGAACCACGGACGAAGGGUUUUUAGACAAAGAUUCCUGAACUCUGUCCUAGGACAAAUAGGUCGGAAUCUCUGGGAAUGGGACGAAGAAUCUAAUCUGACAAGGUUGCCUCCGUGUAGUUGUAAGGACUGACCAGUUUGGAUACUAAUUUGUGAGAUGAAAAUGGUUUGGUGCCUAAUUCAACCUAGCCAUCCAACCUUUUGUAAGUGGGAAAAUAAGGUUGGUGUCUCUACAUUUACAAAUCCUGCUUUCAUCAGUGCUGUGAAAACAAUUCAAAUGAUCUGUUAGUAGCUUUCUUUCCCUAAGAGUACAAAAUAUAAAUAUUGAAAUUCCUAUUAUUUUUUUGAUGGGGAAGUUAAAUAUGCAUUUUUUUAAUGUUGUAAAUCAGUUUCUGUGUUGAGCUCUUUUUUUGACAAAUAAAAUUUAAUGCUGACAUGAUUCACUAAUUUUCUAAAUAUAAAUAUUUUAGCUUUUGGUUAUUUUGAAACUCACUUUUUUAUAGUCACGAUUAUUUUUAAUGAACUUUUAUG